AUGGAGACUGUGAACAGUCCUAACACCGUCACUCUUGUCGAGCUGAAGCACUCGCUCAUCCCCAAGAAGUGGGGGGAGUCUGUCCGUAUUGUCGACAUGGGCGAAUGCCAGCAGGUGGCCAUAUCGCUGGCUCAUGCCUUCGCUACGGACGACCUCGCACGCUACCUUCUGGACUCGGACGACAUGGCCGGGCUCUCCCCAGAGGAGAAGUGGAAGCUGCACGUGGACAUCUUCCAGUACAUCGUCGCGGCUCAUUGUCUUAACGGCGAGGUUCACGUCAUUGGGCCAGAUCACGAAGGUGUCGCGUUGUGGAUGCCGCCUGGCAGAAAUAUCGACGACUGGUUCACCCUAAUUAGAAGUGGCAUGUGGAGGUUGUACUUCCAGCUCUCGUCUGAGGGCAGACAGCGCUACUACAGUGAGAUGCUUCCGCUGCUCCACGACACCAAGGCCGAGGUUCUAGGCGAGCGCGACGAGAACGCCUACUAUCUCGUCUACCUGGGCACCAAGCCCCACGCGCGAGGUAGAGGCUACGCCCGCAAACUCCUACAGACCAUGAUCGCCAGGGCUGACGCUGAGAACCGGCCUGUGUACCUUGAGUCGAGCUCUUUCGCCAACAACGCCUACUACGCCAAGUUUGGGUUUGUUGUGAAAAAGGAGAUAUUCCUCAAGCGAGGGGCCGUUCCGGUCCAGCUGACCAUCAUGGUGCGAGAGCCCCAACCCGUCGCCAAGGUUGCUAACGUCCCCGCCGUCAAGCCGCAGUUUAAAACAGCAGCACCGGGUGGCCCGAAUUCUUGA